AUGAAGUUUCUCAUCUUGGCGAUUUUCAUUUCAUUUGUCUUAGCCGAUAAGGAGAGAGAAGUGAGAAUUUUUUUUAAUUUGAUAAAAAUGAUAAAAUUACAGACGGAUGGAGCCGCGGCACGUAUGAAUCGCCAUGUUCAUGAGGCAAAAGGGAAUCAUCAUGCGGAUCACCAAGCCGUUUUAGGUGUUAAAAAAUCUUUGAAAGCGUUAAAAAUACUUUUAAGGAUCCAAGAAAACAGCCGAAGAGUUUGACUCCCUUCCAGUUGAAGAAGCUCAAAGGAGGUUGAGGAUUCUGGCCAAGAAAAUGGAUAAUGAUAAAGAUGGGUUCAUUGGUAGGAAUUUAUUGAGGAAUUGGAUGAAAUUUUUUGACUUUCAGAACAAGAAGAAUUGGUUUCGUGGGUUAAGAGUUCGAUGACGAGCUUGGACGAAGAAGAAACCAAAGAAAGGAUGCGGGAAAUCGACGUGGAUGGGGAUGGAUUUGUGUGUUUCUGGUUGAUUUUCGAAAAUAUUGAGAUGAUGAUUCAUAAAAAACUUAUUUUUAUUCAAAAAAAGAAAUUAAGAAACAAGUCGUUUUUGAAUUUAAUGUUCAAAAAAAUGAAUUUAUAUGGCUUUUUAAUGUUAAGAAUCGUCACUCAACAUUUCAAUUUUUCCGAGUUUCGAAGUUUUUGAAUGGUUUUUCAAAGCCCAAAUGUCUUUCGUGGCUUAAAAUAACCGUGAAAAGGGCUCCUUGCCUCGAAAUUUUCAUUGAAAAAAUCAAUAUUGUGCCUUUAAAAACCUACGGAAACUUUUGACCACUUCAAAAUCAAGUUUUAAUCGUUAAGAUAACCUGGAACGAAUAUUUGGAGGAUUCUUUCCCCGAUUCGGACAUCAGCAAACUCGACGCCGAAGACAGGAAGCUUCUCAAUGAGGAUGAACUUUAUUUCAAAGGUUUACAUUUCUUUUUCGGAAGGAAAAUUCAUUUUUCAGCCGCCGACCUUGACCGCGACGAUAGGCUGAACGUUUUGGAAUUGGCGGCGUUUUUGAAUCCGGAAAAUUAUCCCCAUAUGCAUUCGACUCUUGUCGAUGUUCGCAUUUUUCUUUUUCUUUUGUAUUUUUCUGGAAACAGGGAAAGUCGGAAAAGGUGGAAAAAGGCUCCAUAAAAUGUUCCUUUUAUGGUGACAAAGGCUCCUUUUUUGCGCCAUUUAAUCUGCUCUUAUGUACCAUUUUUGCUGCCUCUCCCCUUUUUCCACCAUUUUUUAAGCUUCUGAGAUCCGAGAAAAAUGGAAGGUUAGAUAUAGGGACCUUUUCUGCGGCCUUUUUUGAGCCUCUUAGCUUUCAUUAUCCACCAUUCCGACUUUACCCGAGAUAAUCUUGAUUUUAAAGUUCUCACGAUUUUCUGCUUGCUUUUGAAGUAUUUUCUAGGCUUUGGAAAUGUCUAGAAAGGCCUUUAAAGUCGAAAAAAGGGCUGGAAAACAAGAAUUUGAAUUUUAUUUUUGUCAAAAAUAGACGCGUUCCACACUUUUUCAUUUUGAAUUUUUGAAAGUUUUCUCAAUUUUCGCUCUCUUGGGAAGUGAAUUCCAGGCUUUGAAAAAUGUUUAGAAGUGUUUUUAGAGUCGAAAAAAAGGGGCAGGAAAUUAAGAACUUAGAUAUUUUUAAUCGAAAUUUUCUAUUUAAAAUGAGGAAAAAGUUGUAUUUCAUCAAGCUGAUUCAUUAAAAAUCAAUAACUUAUUGAAAAAAAUGCCAAAAAAAUAUGAAAAAAAUGAUCGUUUUUUUAUUCAUAAAAAAAUGUACGUGUUUAACACUUUUUUUCUUUUCAUUUUGGAUUUUUUUAAAAGUUUCUGAAUUUUUUUGCUCGCUUGGGAAGUAAUAUCCAAGCUUCUUAAUGUUCAAAAACCGCUUUAAACUCGAAAAAAGGGCAGGAAAACAAGAAUUUGAAUGUUGUAAUCAAAAUGUUCUGAUUAAAGUGAGGAAAAGUUGUAUUUUAUUGAACCGAUGCAUCAAAAUCAUUAGCCCAUUGAAAAAAAUGACAGAAAAAAAUAGAAAGAAUAAUAGUUUUAUUUAUAGAAAUGUACGUAAAUCAAAUUUUUUUCUUCUUCUUAUAAACUUUUGAGACUUUUCGAAUUUUUUUCGCUUGCUUGGAAAGUAGAUUUCAGGCUUCGGAAUGUGCAAAAAAAUGGCUUUAAAUUCGAAAAAUGGUCAGGAAAAACAAGGAUUUAGACACUUUUUAUCAAAAAAAUUUCCUGUUAAAAUUAAGGAUAAGCUGUAUUUUUUUAGAACUGCUACACGUCAGACACAUUCAAAAAAAUGCUUGUGAAAAAAUCUUUUUUUAAUGGUAUUCUAACUCAAAUAAUCAUUUUUGCAGGUAACCCUCCUGGAAAAGGACCGAAACGGCGACGCCGCCAUCGAUGUUCACGAAUUUCUUGGCGAAAUCGAUGAUCAACCACAGAGUGAAUGGCACGCCGUCGAGAAGAAUCGGUUGGGAAGGACAGAAAAAAAAUAAUUGAGAAAAAAUUGCAGAUUCAUGACCGAAUAUGACCACAAUAAAGACGGAUUGCUGACCGGUGAUGAGGUGGGGAUUUUUUUUGGAAAAAAAACUAAAAUUUGAAAAACCUGUAGUUUUAAGGGUGAAAAAAGUUAUUGAAUGUUUAGAAAUUUCGAAAAUUAAAAUUGAAAAGUAAAUUUAAUUCUGCAGAAAGUUUGAAAAUCUUUAAAAAUUGCAUUAAAACAUGCUCUUCUUCCAGUUUUCUCAUCGUCUCAAGACCUUUUUUUCUUGAAAAACUUGUUUUUUUCUUGAAAAACUGAUUUUUUUCAAAUUUUGUAUGAAGUUACCUAUAUAUUAGCUAAAAAAAUGAAAAAUAAAUUUCAAAUUUUAGAUCCGAAAAUGGCUGAUUCCUGACGUCGACGCCGUCGCGGCUCAAGAAGCUCAACAUCUUCUCAAUGGAGCCGAUAAAAAUAAUGUUCGAAUUCAUUUUUGGCUUCAAAUUGUGCAAAUCUGCUCUAUUGAUAACUUUCUUGGAUAGGAAAAAAAAAUUAAAAUUUGAUGUCGUGUUCAAAGUAAUUUCCGCGAAAUGCAAAAUGAUCUCUGACUCUCCAAAAUUUAGUGAUCUUUUCCUUUCUCUAACGGGUAUUUUGCAUUUCGCGGAAAUUACUUUGAACACGGCAUGACUUUUUUUAAUUUUUCAAUUCAGAUUUAAAUUUUUUUUUUUUAAUGUUUACAUUGCAACUGGCAAUAUGAAUUUUGGUUCUGCGAGAAUUUGGAGUCUUUUUUUAAAAUUCUGUAAGUUUGAACUCUCAUUCUAUCAAUGAAGAAGUAGGAAAAAUAACGAAGAAAUGAAAAAAUAAUGGAAAAAUGUCAAAUUUUUAAUGAUUUCUUUCAAAAAACCAUUUUUUCUCCAUUUCCAGGACGGAAAACUGUCGAUUGACGAAAUCGUCGAUGCUCAUGCUCUUUUCGUCGGCUCCGAGGCUACAAAUUACGGAGAAGACCUUCACAAAGUCGUUCAUGACGAGUUUUAGACCUUGAAAUUGUACAUUUUUCAUAUUUUCUUGUCCAAAUCGUCCAUUAACUGGUUUGUUCCUAAGUUGCCAUUCUUUGUCUAAAUUUCCCUGUCUUAUAAUAUUUUUUUAUGGUCCUUUAUAACCUUUUUUUCUGUUCAAAAAAAUCCUUUUUUUCUUGUUUUUUUAAAAAACCAACUAAUAUACCUUGAAAACGGCUUCCCACCUCGAAACUUUUAUAAAUUCCAUGCGCCUUUAAAUAGUUUUCCAGCCGCACCUCGCUUUAACAUUUCCAUCAUGAUCUUGUACGUUUUUCAGCUUUUUUAAUUGAUAAUUAUAAAUAUUUUCAUUUCCCGGAAUGGAACAUUGUCCACAUGAUUCGAUCAUUCAUUAAAUUUCUCGAUUUUCAAAGAAUUUUCCAACAAUUUUAAUUUCCAGAUGAAGAUAUUCCUCAUUUUCGUUGUAUUUUUGAUAUUUCACACGCCGGCGAAGAAAUUUCCCAAGUUCAAUGUGACCAAGGUUUUGAAUAAUUCGAUUCUUGAGAAAAGUUUGAAAGUUCAGUUGGAAAACUUGAGAAAAGAUAUUCUGGAAAUGAUGAAAACGAUCGAUUUGGAGAUUGACAUCGAGGAGCUGGACACUUUGCUCGGUUGGAGCAAUUUUAAAAGGAAAAACAGAGAGGAAAUGUUCAGAACUUUACGAAAACAGAGACGAAUUGAAGCAGAAGGCGAGAAAAUUGGGAGAAAUGGAAGAAAUUCGGAGAAUGACGAUUGUGGCUGGGGAAAUGGACCAAAAUAAUGAUGGAUCCAUAAGUAAGGUUUCUUUUUUUUUUUUUGAUUUUGAUUCGAUUUUGAUUUGGUUUUGUUCAGAGGUUUGACAAAGUUGAAUAUAAUUUUCUGUACCUUUUCUUGGAACUUUUGAAUGACCUUAAUCAGUUAUUUUUUUAAAGUUUAGAUCCAUUUUUUUCUUUUUUUCUAAAUCUUCUUAUAAAAACUUUAUUAAAUAAUUUAAAAAAAUAGGAUUCAGGCUUUCUUUAUUUUAUUUCGAAGAUUUUUUUGUUUUAUCCCAGUUUUUUUUGGUCACAGUCUCACAAGAACAAUUUAAAUUAAUUAUGAAUCGUUUCAUUUUUUUGUUCAAAAACUUUUUAAAAGCACACAGAAGAAAGUUUUUCAACCGAACAUUCGAAUUUCAAUAAUUCGAAUGACAACGGAGCUUUGGAGGAUUUUUAAAAGGAAGUUUUUUUGAAAAAAAUGACUUAUUGAUAAUUUUUCCAAUCUUUCUUUAUAAAUUUCUGUUGGAAAGAUAUUUUUUUUCAGAAGGCAAAAAGAUUGAAAAAAAAAUUGUCUUGUUAUUUAUGAAUAACCCUUUAAAUUCCAUGUUUUCGCUCAAUUUUUUUCAACUUCAAAGUGUAAAACCAGAAUAUUUCAUAAUUUGGCUAGAAAAAAAUUAGUCUCUAACUAAAUUCUCUACUUUGCAUGUUUCAAAGUCUAUGAUCUUCUUAAAAAAAUUUAUUGAAAAAUAUAUUUUUUUUCAGCUGAAAAAAAGAGCUGACAAGUUGGAUUGUGGAGCGAUUUAAAGCUUUCGAUAUUAAAUUGGCUGAAGAACAUUUGAAGAAAUACGACGUCGAUCAGAAUGAUAUGGUAGGUUUCUAUAGAAAUAAUAGAAAAAAACUGAUAAAUUUUCGGAAGUUUCAGUUAAAUUGGGAAGAGCACCAGGCGUCGAUUCUCGAGGAUACUUCAUUGGAUUCUCUGGACAAACUAGAGCAGGGCCAAUUGAAAAGGCAGAAAACGCUUUUUGAAGGUUUGAGUGGAGAAAAUGCGAAAAAUGCUUCUUUCAAAAAUUUCUCAGUUUUUUUCCCAUUAUAAUCGUUCAAAUUAAUGUUUUUUCUCUUUCUUAGCAAUUUUGAUCCUACUGGGAAAGUUAUUAGGGGCCACUAUAGAGGCUCGCCAAGGGCUACUUGGAGAGAACACUAAAGUGGCCACUAUUUUCCGUUUUAGUGGCCACUUCAGUAGUUUUUCAUCCAGUAAUCAUUCCAAUAACUCUGAUAAUUUUAAAACAAAACAAAUUGGACCAGUUAUGUUUAUCCAUUGACCUCUAAAGUGGUCACUUAAAUUUUUAGUGGUCUAGUAGUAGCACUUAGACCUCUAUAGUGGCCACUAAUUUUUAACCCCUCAAGUGGCCACUAAUUUGACUACUAUAGUGGCCACUAAAACGUCACAACCCUAUAGUGGCCACUAAAAAUUUCGCCAGUACGAAAUUUCUAAAAAACAAAAAUUCUUCAAAAAAAAUUUCAAGAUGAAGGCCUCAAAAAUUUUGGAAAUGAUGACUUUUUUUGAUUUUCAACGAAGUUAAUUUCGUAAAGGAGCUUGAAUUUUUCGAUUUUCAGGAUUAAAAGAUUUCUCAAAAAAGCUCAAAAGUUUUGCAAAAAGUGGGAAAAAGGAAUAAAAUGUUUUUCAAGCCUACUUCAUGAUUUUUAUGAGAAGGUUCAGCCGCCGAUUUGGAUUCGGACAAAGAAUUGGACAUUGAAGAACUUCCGGCCUUGCUAAAUCCAACCCAUCAACGAUAUAUGGUCGGCGUUUUGACAGAGGUUUUUUUCUUCAUACUUGGGACAAUCUGACCUGUCUGCGCUCUCUUCUCUUUCGUCAGCUAGAUGAGAAAGCACGUAAACACGAGAGAGCGCAGAGAAAAAAGGGAGUUGUGGCGAAAAAGGUAUAUUAUCCACUUUUCAGGUGAUGAUAUCCGAGUUCGACGAAAAUGGCGACGGAUAUGUCAGUUUCGACGAGCUGAUCAGUUCUGAGGAUCCGUCUUUUCGAGACUUCGACAAAGCUAUGUGAGAAAUUGCGGAAAAAUGGUCGCACUUGGAAUGGCUUAGGGACAGAUUUUCAGUGCACCCGCCAUUGAAAAGGCGCUGCUUACUGAAGAAUAAGAAUGUUUCAGAACUUUAGACCAAGGCGCUGCUUACGAGAAGCUUUAAGAGAAGUUGGAAAAGUCAUGACCGCGCUUGGAAUGGCUUAGGGAGAAGCCGUCAUUUUCUCAGUGAAUCUGACUUUGAAAAGCUCUAGAACUGUACAAGAAGGCGCUGCUUAAAAAUGGUGCUAUAUCUGAUUCACGGCUGGCUUGAGCCAUCGAGAAAAGGGUCCUGCCACGAAAAGAGACGAGAAAGUGCCCUGGUUGGUGGAUAAUGCACACAGGCCACGCCUUUUUGCGUCCCAAGCUAGCCGUGAAUCAUCUAUACGACAAGAGCGAGUUUUCCAUUUGCGAGGAGUACUGUAUGCGGAUAUGCGCAUUGCGUGCAUACACUUUGCGUGUUUUUUAGAAGGGUUUAAGGCGAAUUUUAGGGAUUUUAUGGAGUUUUUAGGUCGAUUUUGAGGGCUAGUAGGAUUGUUGAAGGUCUGUAGAAGCCUUAGGAAAAACUUUAUGUUGAUCAUAAUUAUAGUUUCAUUUAAGGUAAAUUUUAGGGUUGUUUUGGGGUCUUCAGGCUUCAGAAGGCGAUGCUUGUCAGAAAAUAGAAAAGCUCUAAACAUUCAGACCCAGGCGCUGCUCGAUGAAAAAUAGACUCGCAUGCUGAGCAGGCGUCUCAAAGGGUGUACCCGUAUUAAACCCGUCUUUCUGAGAUUAUUUUAGUCUCAGUUUUGCUAAAACGGGGGAACAACGGGUGUAAGAAUAAUAUUCAACCCAGCUGGUCUAAAAAUUGCCAAAAGUUCUAUCAGCUGGGCAUAUACGGGUUUAAAACGGGGGCACCCGCUGAGACCCCGUGUUAGCACGGCUGGGUUACCCUGCUUAGCAUGCGAGAGAGAUGCUCUCGAACUUCAGAAAAAGGCGUCAGAAAAUAGGGAGCUCUAAAAUUUUAGACCAAAGCGCUGCUAGAUGAAAAAUAGGGAAGCCUUAAAACUUCAGAAGAAGGCGAUGCAAGUUAGAAACUAGAAAAGCUCUAAAAUUUCAGACCAACGCGCUGCUUGUUGAAAAACAGAGGAGCUCUAAAACUUUAGACCAAGUCUCUUACGAAAAUCGUUAAGAAAAGUUGGAAAAGCCAUAAGCGCACUUGGAAUGGCUUGAAGUGUAGCGGCUUCUGAGCGGUUCUUAAGAUAUGAAAUAUUUAUUCCUUGCACCCGACGCUGAAACGACUUACGCUCGGUGAAAAAGAGUGCUGCUAGGUCAAACUGUCACCCUUGAUAAGAAAUUGAAAUGAAUUUUCUUAUUCAUGCAUUUGGCUGGCCGCAUUUGGAACGGCUUCGGCUAUAGCGGCUGCUUUUUGGAUAAAUAAGACAAUUCAUUAGCACCCGACUUUGAAACGACUUGCGCACGAAGGCGUCAGAAAAGCCAUUCCAAACGCGACCUACCCAAUCACAAAACCUCGGCUUUUUCAGGUUCGACGUGAUGAUGGACAGGAAUGCUGAUGGGAGAUUGUCUUAUGAAGAGGUUUUUUGCUCAAUAAAUCUAGAAAUAAAGCUUUUUUCUUGAGUUCUAUCUGUGGUUGGAUCAGGAUUUGGAAGCCGAGGUCGAAGCCCAGCGAUUGAUUGAAAAAUGCGAUUCUAAUGGAGUUUGUGUCCUAAGGGUUCUAUUCUUCUAAUAAGAAUAAUUUAGGACGGAAAACUGUCGUAUUCCGAAAUUUCGAGCAAUCAUAGGAGAUUCGAGGCGUCGGCUGCCACGGAAUAUGGCGAAUAUUUGCUCAAGUAUUCUCAUGACGAGUUGUAG